ACUAGCUCGCUUCCUCCGUGAAGGUUCUAAGCGGGCAUGAGUGAGGAGAAGCGACCAUCCUCGUGAGAAUCCAAACAGCGUCAACGUACAACCCCAAUGUGUCCUGAUACGGCGACCGGCGUUAGGUGCCCCGUUAGUCUCUACGACAAUUUGGGCUGAAGUGGGAUUGAUGAGAUAUAGCGUCGUCCAUACGAUGUCAUCAAUGGCCCUAGCGCCUUGGUGUGGAACACUGGCAGGUCCGACAGGCUGGGUAUUUGGGGCUCAGGACGCUGUGUGCACCGCGUGCGCAUUUCUCUUGUUGGUUCGAGACCCAAUUUUCUUUUAGUCCUUUUAGUCCUGCCAAAAGUCAGGCCGCUGGAACUAAUGAUUUGCUGACAAGUUCGAUCUACUUGUUUUAGUGGUACGACGACAACCCCCCGAACUAGAUUUAGGGCCUAAUUAGCUUACAGGACUUGGAGCUAGUGGGUGUCUUACACCUUCGGCUGCGCGCUGAGGAACCCCCUGGUUUCCCAAUUUUUGGAAUUGGUC